AUGGAAAGCAACAGUGAGGUGUCCGACGAGCGCAAUGGAGACACCCAACUCAACCUUGAAAGGGGAAUGACGUUUCACUCGGGAAGCGCCUUCGUCGUGUCUCCAUUGCGCUCGUCGGGCACCUCACUAUUGCUUUCCAUUCGCCGGAAUAGCUCCGCAGAUCCCGUCAAGGUGCGGCACCGUCUAAUGGGCGACAUGGAGAAACGGCCACCGACGCACUCGACGUUCAUCGUGGACAUCACAGUGGCCGUCAACCAUCAUCGCCGCACUUCACUCUCCGCUGCCGCGGCCACACUACAACGUCCUCGAUCAUCGACGUUCUCUACACUCCACCGCCCGCCACGGUCGCCCCAGAUAGCAGCAGGCCAGUGCAGCGACGAUAACGGAGUCCUCUACAACACUCCUCCGUCCACCAUCUUCGCUGCACUCCAUCACCCGCCACCUCACAAUCGGCGGGGGAAGGCGGUGGAGUGCAGCGAAAAUGGAGAAGUGAUGUGGCGUGGAGCUAUGGAAAAGGAAGUGCAGUGA